AUGCAUAGCAUAAAAGAUACAAGUACGGAUUACCAUUGCCGAAACUGUAGAGCUAGAGACAAUGAGCAAAUGGUGCAAUGUGACUCCUGCGACCAAUGGUUUCACUAUAGCUGUGUCGGUGUUGACAGCCAAGUGGCCGAUAUUAGUUGGAACUGCGAAUCAUGCGAACACACAUCGGUCCAAAUGGCAGCAGCUUUUAUGGAACCCAAUGGGUCGAAUAACGGGGGUUCACUUGCUACGGGUCAGCCAAGAGCAUCAUCGUCACCCGAGGCGGCACAUCAAAGUCAACAGGCAAUCUUGGGCGCUCUAAGCUCAAUACCAGUUCAGUCAACGGUUAUGGUUCCAUCCAUAUACACAGCUCCGAGGAUGUCGACCACAUCGGCAAGUGUACCACCAUAUUCUACUGCAGCAUUGGAAGUGACACUACAUGAUCAAAUACGUUUUCAGUCGUCAAGCAGCACGACUGAGUUAUAUACUUUGUCGAGCGCAUCAGGUUAUCCCGCAACAAUGUAUACGCAAAACAGUAAGAACCAUUUACUGCCAAACUCUUUUAUUCAACAAAAAUUGCCGACAUCUUCAACCACUUUUCCUUCGCUGCAAACUAACGCAAAAGUUGCAAACUCGUCAAUAUUUGCAAAGGGUAGUCAAAAUUCGGAUACAUCUGAGCGAAUGCGAGCACUGCAGCUAGAACGCCUAGAGGAGGAAAUGCGCAUUCAAAAACAGUAUUUAGACGACAAGUAUAAAAUAUUAGCACAAUUUGGUGAGUUGACGAAUUCGGGUGAUCGUAUACCAAUCUUUAACGUGACCCCCACACCAGCACAGCUUGCAGCUAGACACUCUAUUCCGAAGCAGUUGCCUAUUUUCAGCGGCGACCCAGAGGAAUGGCCCCUCUUUAUAAGCCAAUUUGAGAAUAGUACGUCCGUUGCAGGAUAUUCGAAUGCAGAAAAUCUUAUGCGACUACAGGCAUGUCUUAAAGGCAGAGCACGAGAUUUAGUAAAAAAUAAGUUGCUUCUACCUGCUAUGGUGCCGGAGAUUAUCCAGACCCUACGUAUGUGUUGUGGCCGACCUGAACAUAUUUUGGAACGCGCAAUUAAUAAGGCCAAAAAUAUGGCGCCACUUAAAGAUAAGUUAGAAUCUUUAAUUGAGUUCUCCUUAUGCGUACAAAAUAUAUGUGCAACAAUGGAAGGUUGUAACCUGACUGCACAUCUCGUGAAUCCAUUAUUAGUAAAAGAGUUAGUGGAUAAGCUGCCAAACAGUUAUAAGCUGAGUUGGGCUAUGCAUCCAAAAGACGAUCGAGUACCUAUAGUGAAGAUUUUCAGUGACUGGCUGUAUAAUAUCGCCGAGGCAGCAAGCACUGUUGUAGCACCUAUGACACACAAAUCCGGUGUAAACGUAAAUACACACACUCGCGCUGAAGAUGUCUCCGACCAUAGAAGCGAAACCAACUCACUACCCAGAAAAUGCUGUGUAUGUAAAACAUAUGGACAUAAGCUGCCACGUUGCGAAGCCUUUAAAGUCUUGCCUCUUAAACGUAAGUGGGAAAUAGUCAAGGAACAUAGUCUUUGCCGUCAAUGUCUGGACUCGCAUCGCCGUAAAUGUUACGUAAACAAAGAAUGUGGUAUCACUGGUUGUAAGUACAAGCACCAUCAAUUAUUACACAGAAGCGCAUCGCAAACAGUCGACAGCAGCGCAGACAACAACAUCAAUUCUCGGCAGAUUGUUCGCAGCAGCAAUAUUCCGAGUGAUCAUGCCAACAGGCAGAUGAUCGCGCACAGCAGCAGCGCUACAAAAAAUAGCCCAUAUUUCAGAAUAAUCCCUGUCAAAUUAUACUCACAUAAUAAAGUUAUAGAAACAUUUGCGUUUCUGGACGAGGGUUCUGCAGUUACGUUAAUGGAAAAAAGUGUGUUCGAACAGAUGGAGCUCAAAGGUGUACAGGAGCCUUUAUGCUUACGUUGGACCGGUGAUACAACCCGCACGGAAUAUAAUUCAUUCAAAACCACUGUAGAAAUUUCAGGUGUUACGAACGGUCGAAAGUACAAAUUGACUGAUGCACACACAGUAGAGAGUUUAAGUCUUCCAACACAAACGAUCGAUGCUGGUGAAAUAAUGAAAAAAUAUCCAUAUUUGACUGGGCUACCAAUUGAAUCGUACGAAAAUGCCAGGCCAUCUAUUUUGAUUGGUACAGACAAUUGGAAACUUGCUGUGCCACUUAAAAUUCGAGAAGGGUCGUGGUUCCAACCUAUUGCAUCAAAAACCAGACUUGGCUGGACGCUUCAAGGAUGUCACGCUAAUCAGUCACGUGAGUUUAUGGUGAACGUUCACACUUGCGACUGCGAGAAAAGUCUCAGAAGACUGCACGAAGCUGUGAAAAAUUAUUUCAAUUUAGAAGAACCCAAGCCAAAGCAGCUUCUGUCUGCCGACGACAACAAGGCGCUAGCUAUUCUAAAUGCGUCUUGUAAGAAGGUAAGCAAUCGUUAUGAAGUUGGAUUACUCUGGCGAAACGAAGACGUCGUGCUGCCAGAAAGCUAUGGAAAUGCAUACAAACGGCUAAUGUGUCUUGAAAGGAAAUUCAACAAAGAUCCGCUUCUUAAAUCAACAAUUCAGCAACAAAUAGACAACCUAAUUUCGAAGGGGUAUGCGAAAAAGUUGUCACCUGCUGAGGCAACAAUUCAACCAAGCAAAACUUGGUAUCUACCGAUAUUCACCGUCACGAAUCCGAAUAAGCCAGGAAAAAUACGUCUGGUAUGGGACGCGGCCGCAAAAGCGAAUGGCGUGUGCCUCAACGAUUUUAUGUUCCCUGGACCUGACUUGUUGAACUCGCUCGUGGAAGUCCUAUUAUCCUUUCGAGUAGGGAGAGUAGCAGUGUGUGGUGACGUGGCUGAAAUGUUCCACCAAAUCAACAUUAGGGAAAGCGAUAUGCACGCUCAAAGAUUCUUAUGGUGGGACGAAGCCGACAAGCCGCAGCAACCCAGCGUUUAUGUAAUGCGCGCCCUAACAUUUGGCGUAAACUGCGCUCCGUGCAUUGCGCAUUUUAUACGAGACAACAAUGCCGAGCAAUUCCGACAUGAGUUUCCACGGGCAGUUGAAGCGGUGCAGCGUUACCACUAUGUCGACGACUUCAUCGACAGUGAGCGCGAUGAAGAGACUGCGCUCGAACUAGCCAAGCAGGUAAAACGCAUUAAUGCGAACGCUGGAUUUGAGGUGAGAAACUGGGUGUCUAACUCUCACAAGGUUCUACAGCAACUAGCUAGCAACAAUCCUAUCGAGCCAGCUUUGAAAGAAUGGGGUUCCACUACAAAAAUCUUAGGUAUGUAUUGGGAACCUACUAAUGAUGUUUUCAGAUUCAACUGUAAAUUUGCAAGACUGCGUCGUAGCGUGCUGACUGAAGAAAUUGUUCCUACGAAGCGUGAGAUUCUUCAAAUCCUGAUGUCAAUCUUUGACCCCCUAGGAUUCCUUUCGGUCCAUACCAUAGGUCUGAAAAUACUUCUGCAGGACGUGUGGCGUUCCGACAUUGGUUGGGACGAGGCUCUCAGCGACGCUUUGUACGAUAAAUGGGAGUCGUGGAAGUCGAAUAUUCCUCUCAUAAUGGAUGUAAAAGUUCCUCGUUGCUACUCGACCAUACUCCAUAGUUCUGAUAACGUCCAGCUUCACACGUUCGUGGACGCCAGCUCAGCUGCAUUCGCUGCUGUUAGUUAUCUACGCAUCCAGCGCGAUAGUAACGUAGAUAUUGCUUUUGUCGCGGCAAAAUCGAAAGUGGCACCCUUGAAGCCAGUUUCGAUUCCAAGAUUGGAAUUGCAAGCUGCUGUGGCAGGAGUUAGACUAGCCAAUAGCAUCUUGAAAGUUCCACGCAUAAGUGUACAGGCUUGUUUUUGGUGGACCGACUCUAAGACGGUCCUGCAGUGGCUACGCAUCGACCCGAAAAAUUUUCACCAGUUUGUUAUGCACCGAGUUGGCGAAAUUCUUGAGUCGUCGGAUGUUUCACAGUGGAGAUGGGUGCCAACGCGAAUGAAUCCUGCUGAUUUACCAACUAAAACAUGUCAUCGAUCCGACACGCAUAUGUGGUUUCAUGGACCAGAUUUUUUAGCGGGUGACACGAUAAAUUGGCCUCACUGUGAUGAAUUUUGUCGUGUAGAUGAGACUGAGCUCAAACGUCGGGUACUUUUGAUAGAUAAGUUACAAGUUUUCACCCUGAACGCAGAAUAUUUUUCCAGCUGGAAACGCUUAUACCGUGCGGUGGCAACUUUCAUUUUAUACAUAAAAAAACUUGAAGCUGCUUCAAGAUCUGCUAUAAAACCGCAAACAGUAGACUCUACGAUGAUACGAAGAGCAAAAAUCUUUCUUAUGCAACACGCCCAGCGAACUGAAUACGAACAAGAGCUUAAGAAACUAAAAAACGGCGUGGCUAUUGGAACUAAAAGUAAACUUAUCGGUUUGAAUAUUUACCUAGAUGAAAAUGAUGUUAUCAGAAGCAGAGGAAGAGAUGAGUUUCUUAACAACCACGAAGAUGCUAUUGUGCUUCCCAGCACAAGCCACAUAACAUUUCUAAUAGUGCGCUCCAUUCACGAGGAUUUGCAUCACCAAUCACAUGAAACCGCAAUCAAUACGCUAAGAAGUCGUUACUACAUACCACGUUUGCGCGUUCUAUAUAAAAAGGUACGCCGAUUAUGCCAACAAUGCAAAAAUUCCAUAGCGGCACCGUGUCCUCCUCUAAUGGCAGCGUUACCGGCUGCUCGACUAGCGGCGUUUGAACGACCCUUUACAUACGUUGGUGUGGACUAUUUCGGGCCACUUCACGUCUCUGUCGGUCGCAGGCGUGAAAAGCGUUGGGGUGCAGUGUUCACCUGCCUCACGAUUAGAGCAAUUCACAUCGAGGUAGCUCAUAGCCUCGAUACAAGUUCCUGCAUAAUGUGUUUUCGAAAUUUCAUGGCUCGACGCGGUACACCAAGAGAAGUAUUUUCCGAUAAUGGAACGAACUUUAAAGCCGCAGAAAAAGUCUUACGCGACGAGUUUAAGAACGUCGAUCAACAAAAAGUUUCUUCUACCUUUGACGGUAUAAAGUGGAGAUUUAAUCCACCGGGAGCGCCACAUAUGGGCGGAAUCUGGGAGAGGCUAAUAAGAUCUAUUAAAACAGUUCUACUUGCUAUGUCCCCAUCUAUGCAGUUCAACGACGAAAGCUUGAGGAGUGCCCUAUGGGAAAUAGAGUUUAUAAUUAAUUCACGUCCGCUAACUUUCGUGUCCUUGGAGUCGGACGACGACGAAGCUAUAACGCCGAACCAUUUGCUGAUCGGCUCUUCAGAUGGCUACAAACCUUUCGCCACCGACAACAAAAAUUUGCGUCAACGUUGGCACCAUACACAAAAAUUUGGAAACGAGUUUUGGGCAAGGUGGUUAAAAGAAUACAUGCCAAUAAUUUCCAGAAGAAGCAAGUGGUUCACACCGCAGAAGCCUAUUCGUACGGGAGACAUCGUGCUCGUUGUUGACCCCGAUCUACCGAGAAACUGUUGGCCCAAGGGAAAGGUGAUCGACACAGUAGUGGCUAGUGACGGACAAGUUAGACGUGUCACGGUGAAAACACAAUUCGGUGUUCUAAAUCGACCAUCAGCCAGAGUGGCGGUGCUUGACGUCGUUGGAAAAACCAGUAGCAAUCUCGAUCUAUAG